AUGACUUCUCCACUCCCCGUGAAGCUCCAAGGCGGCGCUCUCACCGAGCGUGAGGCCGUUGCUGACGCUCUCUACCGCGCGGUCCUCGCCUUUGACCACGCAGAUGAAGACCUCCUCCGAUCAGCUUUGACUGAGGACAUCACUGUCACAACUGCCGGUCAAACUUCCAAAGGCCUCGCCGAGCUCAAAACUGCCGUCUUCGACCGCGUCUCUAAACUCAUCACGACACACUUUCUCUCCAACAUUCGUGUUAGCAUUGAGGGAGACUCUACGGCCAUAGCGACAUGCUCGGCACUGGCUCAACAUGUCCGUGCUGGUAAGGGCUUCGAGGCUAGCGAGAAUAAACUUACCUCUGGCGGCUUGUAUUAUUGUGAGCUUGUCAAUGGACCGCAAAUAUCACCUGGGUGGAUGGUGACGCCACUGUCAUGA